AUGUCCAUAUCCACUCCUGCGUCUGCAGGUCCUGACAUCGAUUUCAGCUAUUUCGGUGGUGCUGAAUCGCUAUGGGAAGGUCGAACACCGAGGCGAACUGAAGUUAUCUUGCCAACGUCCAAGGAUAAUGGCAAAAUGCACGUUGCUCCACCUCAGGAUGCGUCUGAUUUCCUGUGGAUAAUGACCGAAGAGCCGCAUCGCAGCAGACGCAUGGCAAUAAUCAAAGCACAUCCCGAAGUCACGAAACUCAUGGGACAUGAGCCGCUCACAAAGUGGGUCGUUCUUGGCGUUGUCUCCUUGCAAUUCGUCAUUGCAUACCUGCUUCGGCACACUUCACCAUUCUCGCCUGUCUUCUUCGCCUGCGUGUAUGUUAUAGGAGCGACCGCCAAUCACAACCUCUUCCUAGCCAUCCAUGAAAUUACCCAUAAUCUGGCAUUUAAGAGUGUCCGCGCUAACAAGGUGUUGGCUGUAUUUGCCAAUCUUCCCAUCGGUGUCCCGUAUUCUGCUGCUUUCAAGAAAUAUCACAUUGAACACCACAAGUUCCUAGGGGAGGAUGGUGUAGAUACUGAUCUCCCGACAAAUCUAGAGCUCAUCUGUCUCAACAACGUGCUGGGCAAAGUUUUCUUUGCUACAUUCCAGAUCCUCUUCUAUGCCUUCCGUCCCACCGUUGUCAGGUCGCAGACCAUCACAACUUGGCACAUCAUGAACCUCAUCACGCAGCUUGUCUUCGACUAUGUGCUUAUGAAAUGCCUCGGUGUUCGUCCGUUCAUCUACCUCCUCGCGUCCAGCUUCUUCGCGGGAAGCCUACAUCCUCUCGCAGGUCACUUCAUUGCCGAGCACUAUUUAUGGGAUGGUCUCGAACAAGAGACGUAUUCUUACUAUGGGCCGCUCAACUUCUUCGCGUAUAACGUUGGUUAUCACAACGAACACCACGAUUUCCCUGCGGUAGCAUGGACGCGUCUUCCUGCUCUGCGGGCCCUCGCUCCGGAGUUCUAUGACACCCUUCCCUCGCACCCGUCCUGGCCAAUGGUCAUCAUCAACUUCAUUCGCGAUCCCGAAGUGGGCAUUUUCGCGCGCGCUAAGCGUCGGGCUGCAACCAAAGUUUCACCUGGUUCAGGUGCUCCGAAGACAGAAAAGGCGAAGGGGUGA